CGGCGCCCGGACCCCGCGGCCUCCGCGCGUCCCCGCGACCGUCGUUGGCGCCGGCGGGGACCGAGGGGCGCCCGGGAGGGCGGCGGGCGGGGGCGCCCGGGAGAUGCGGAGCCGCCGCGGCGGCGCGAUCGGCGCGACCGGACCGGCCCCCCCGAGACUAUAGCCUUCGUUUUCCCUUGGUUCACCAUGGAGCCCUUCUGUCCACUCCUCCUGGCGGGUGUUAGCCUGCCCCUCGCCAAGGCUCUCACGGGCAACGAGACCGCCCCAGCGGAGAGCAACUUGACCUCCACGACCGCAGGCCCUCCGGAUCCCCGCACGCCGCAGCCCCUGCUGGCCUGGCUGCUGCUGCCUCUGCUGCUGCUCACCCUCCUUCUGCUGCUCGCCGCCUACUUCUUCAGGUUCCGGAAGCAGAGGAAAGCCGUGGUCAGCGCCAAUGACAAGAUGCCCAACGGAAUCCUUGAAGAACAAGAGCAGCAAAGAGUGACACUGCUCAGCAGGUCCCCGUCGGGGCCCAAGAAGUACUUUCCCAUCCCCGUGGCGCAGCUGGAGGAGGAGGUCCGCGUCCGGUCGGCCGACGACUGCAAGCGCUUUCGGGAGGAGUUCAGUUCGUUGCCAUCUGGACACGUACAAGGAACUUUUGAACUGGCCAAUAAAGAAGAAAAUAGAGAAAAGAACAGAUAUCCCAACAUCCUUCCCAAUGAUCAUUCCAGGGUGAUUCUGAGCCAAGUGGAUGGAGCCCCGUGUUCAGACUACAUUAAUGCCUCCUACAUAGAUGGUUACAAAGAGAAGAAUAAGUUCAUAGCAGCUCAAGGCCCCAAGCAGGAAACAGUGAAUGACUUCUGGAGGAUGGUCUGGGAGCAGAAGUCUGCCACUAUUGUCAUGUUGACGAACCUGAAAGAAAGGAAGGAGGAGAAGUGCCACCAGUACUGGCCGGACCAGGGGUGCUGGACCUACGGAAACAUCCGCGUGUGCGUGGAAGACUGUGUGGUUCUGGUAGACUACACCAUCCGGAAGUUCUGCAUACAGUCGCAGCUCCCCGAUGGCUGCAAAGCCCCCCGGCUCGUCUCCCAGCUGCACUUCACCAGCUGGCCCGACUUUGGAGUGCCUUUCACCCCCAUCGGGAUGCUGAAGUUCCUGAAGAAAGUGAAGGCCCUCAACCCCACCCAUGCCGGGCCCAUAGUGGUCCACUGCAGCGCCGGCGUGGGCCGGACAGGCACCUUCAUAGUGAUCGACGCCAUGAUGGACAUGAUGCACGCCGAGCACAAGGUCGACGUCUUUGACUUCGUGUCUCGGAUACGCAACCAGCGUCCCCAGAUGGUUCAGACAGAUAUGCAGUACACGUUCAUUUACCAAGCCUUACUGGAGUACUACCUCUACGGGGACACCGAGCUGGAUGUGUCCUCCCUGGAAAAGCACCUGCAGACGCUGCACGGCACCGCCAACCACUUCGACAAGAUCGGGCUGGAGGAGGAGUUCAGGAAACUGACAAAUGUCCGGAUCAUGAAGGAGAACAUGAGGACGGGCAACCUGCCGGCCAACAUGAAGAAGGCCAGAGUCAUCCAGAUCAUUCCGUAUGACUUCAAUCGGGUGAUCCUCUCCAUGAAAAGGGGUCAAGAAUACACAGACUACAUCAACGCCUCCUUUAUCGAUGGCUACCGACAGAAGGACUAUUUUAUCGCCACCCAAGGGCCCCUGGCGCAUACAGUGGAAGACUUCUGGCGGAUGGUCUGGGAGUGGAAGUGCCACACAGUCGUGAUGCUGACGGAGGUCCAGGAGAGAGAGCAGGAUAAAUGCUACCAGUAUUGGCCAGCAGAGGGCUCGGUGACUCACGGCGAGAUAACAAUCGAAAUAAAAAGCGAUACACUUUCCGAAGCCAUCAGCAUACGGGACUUCCUGGUCACUUUCAAUCAGCCCCUGGCCCGCCAGGAGGAGCAGACCCGAGUGGUGCGCCAGUUCCACUUCCACGGCUGGCCCGAGAUCGGGAUCCCAGCCGAGGGCAAAGGCAUGAUCGACCUCAUUGCGGCCGUGCAGAAGCAGCAGCAGCAGACGGGCAACCACCCCAUCACUGUGCACUGCAGUGCUGGAGCUGGGCGAACGGGUACCUUCAUCGCUCUCAGCAACAUUCUGGAGCGAGUGAAAGCUGAGGGCCUUCUAGAUGUAUUCCAGGCUGUGAAGAGUCUACGGCUGCAGAGACCGCACAUGGUGCAGACUCUGGAACAGUAUGAAUUCUGCUACAAAGUGGUACAAGAUUUUAUUGAUAUAUUUUCUGAUUAUGCUAAUUUCAAAUGAAAAUUCCUGCCUUAAAAUAUUUUUUAAUUUAAUGGUCAGUAUAUUUUAUAAAAAUCAUGUUAAUUUAUUUCAUAGUUGACAUUAAUACCCGUCCUAAUUUCUUUGUAUAUAUUUUGUUACGCUUUAAAAGGCCACCUGCUAUAAAGUUAUUAAAUCUUAAAUACCCCUUUUAAAAACUGGAAUAAUGUAUUAAGGUCAAGUAAUAGCCCAUAUAAUACAUUUCUGCUAAUAUCAGUAAACAGUUUAAUUUUGCAUUAGAUUCAUCACAUCAUAUAAUUUCACACGUUCAGCACAUCUAAAUGUUAAAAAUCUUAAUAUGCAAUGUGUGCUUAACGCAGGAGAAUAAACAGAGCCUGCUGUUACGAAAGCGGUCGAGGACUCAAAAAUCAGUUGAAAAUUCCCUUUCCAGACACUGAUUUUUAGAGCCCUGCGUAGCGGCAUUUUGUGGGAGGUGAAAGUUCAUGGAGAUGCACUGUAAGUAGGGAAUGCUAUGAAGUCCUCAGUCUCAACUCAUGUGGUUUACUUUUACAAUUUUAAAGGUCAAAGGCAUCACAGCCUGAGUGCAGGUAUAAAAUCCAUGAGCGCAGUUGGUGACUAUAUAGUAAUAGGUAAACACGUGUUUACUCACGGCAGGUCUGUGCUCCCUGGGCCGGGAUGGGGGUGGGAGGGGAUGUGAAUGCAGGUGGUACGGUUAACCCAUGGCCUUGGGUGCGGCAUAACCAGCUGCCAGGCUGCCUUCUCACGUGGCCACGUGCUGUCCGUCUGUCUGGGUGUUUGGCUCCGAGGAGCCUCUGAGAAUCAAACCAACUGCAUUCCUCACUCUUGCCUCCCAUUCUGCCACCACUGCGCAGCCGGUCUUGAGCCACCCAGAGGCUCAUCGCAGACCACUUCCUAAUCCUCAUGUUCAGACAGAGCCAAACAUCUGACUCGUGCAGAUGCAAAGAGCACACGUUUGGGGAGACCCACCACAAGCAAUUACGCUUUCAACUUUCCGGGAAGCGUUUUGGUAUUUAAAAAAAAAAUCUUGUACAAGCUAAGAUUGUUUGUAAGAAAAGAAAUCUUAAAAUCUAGAUUUAUACAGUUUUGUUUUAAGUCCCGCUCCUCAAUAUUUAAAUAAAAGAAAAAGAGAGAGAAAUCCUUAAUCUAAAAGCUAACUUAUUUUUGAAUGGAAAUACUACUGAGACCUUUGACACUGGAUAAUAACAAUCUCACUGCCAGGCUGGAUUGGCUUGCGAGGCGGGCAGAAGGAUGAAUGUAGAAAAGUUGACUCUAAUGACAGUGAUCUUUCUAUGGCCGUUAGGUAGCAGAUGAGCACAAUAUAUAUACGAAAAUGAAGACACCUGUUCUAACAUACUAAAGGCACUUAACAUGUGCAUUUGGGGGUACCUUCUGUAUUUUUUUUUUUUUGCUUUCAAAAAGAAAUAUAAAGGCCUUAUUUGACAUUUCCACUGAGAAGUGAUCGCAUUACCCUCUCAUUACUCUGUUCAUCCGUGUCCAUUUCUGGUGUGGGCAAGGCGACCCCACGGCGCAUUGGAUACUUACAAUAGCCUCACAGUGAUCAAGCCUCCGCGGCCCCUCGAGCUCCACCCCAGGGCAGAAGAGGCGCCAGCACAACUCUGACUUAUGUCACCACCGCCGGCCGCAUCCCCAGGCACACGCGCUGCGGAAUGCGUCCCUCCGUCCUCCCCCGGACAAUGAGGAUGCAUUUUGGUCGGAGAGGAAAAUGGAGGCAGCUUUGCAAGACGCACCCGUUGGUCCCGUAUGUUUUCAUUGUUAAAGUCCCCCACCCAAAGCCUGUCUCUGGCUGAAGGAGAAGAGAGAGAACCAAACCCUAGAAACGGAGCUGGUUACGUUGUGAUGAAGGUGACUUGCGAUGUACUUGAGGGGUCAAAGUCAAGGGAAUGGAUUUAGGCCUAAUUUAGGAGCCCUCGUGAGAAUCCAUCGGGCCCUUCAGUGGUCCACCUGGCAUCUCUUAUAUGGAGAUUAAGACUGAAUUUAUCAGGGGUUCCCUUGGGAAAGUGCCCUGUUGUGUGUCCUGUAUCCGUGUGUCCACUGCAGGCUUUCUGCCCCCCACUUUGGUCCUUCCAAACUCUGGAAACAAAGCAGAAGCCGCUAUCCCUUGGACAUAGGGCCCCUGUCCCCAGUCGAGGGCAGUAUUUGCCUUUCUGGGGACCUGGGAAUUAUGGCCUCCUGGCCUCUGUCCAGGCCCCCACCCACCCACCCAAGCCAGUCCAGCCAGUCCCUUUGGGCACUUGGGGACGCACUGCCCUCUCUGUGUAACCGGGAAAGCUGACCUCCUCUUCCCCCUCGGUCAAAGAAGGUCCAAUGUACAUAACAGCGCCCCGCUGUCGGCGCCGCCGCGUCGCCGCGCUUACCGUCACGUUUUUUGUAUGUUGCAUGCGGCUGCAUCCAAAUGCCAAAUAGCGAUUAGGAGCCUAUCGUUCUGAUCGCCGAGCUGUACGGUCACUGUGUGACUCACUCUCCUGUUUCUCUCCAUGUGAUAGACGAAUGAAGAAUGCGUACCAGUGUUUUAAAAGGUAUUUUUAUGUGUUUUUAAAAACUUUUUUAAAUGAGCCUGACACGUCUGUUUUCAGCAAAGACAUGCCCAUGUUAUUUUUAAAAUGUAUGGUUACUGAUACUUUUGUUUAACUAAGUCGUGUUUAAUUUAUGUGCAAUCUUUUUAAUAUAUGUCUGUAUUCCCCAUUUCAACUAUCAUAUUUUCUUUUAUUACAUCUAUAAUUUGAUCUUGCUCUGAUUAUAAUGCCAGUGAAUGUUGCUGAAUUCUUUGUAUAUGCAAAUUGCAAGAUCUAAAACAGUCUGAUGCAAGGAUAAAUCUUUACUUUGACUUCCA